GUGAUUUACUCUCCGAAACGUGUACUCGACCACUACUCUGUUUUAUUUUGAUCGUGGAUGCUUCUUGAUAAAAGGAAUAUUCCUUAAUUUUUUCUUCUUCUAGUUUGCUUUUUGUACUGACUCUUGGAUUGGUAAUGUCUUCUCUAUGCGUCAGAAACCUUUAUUGAAUUUGGAUACUAGUGAUGGGUUCUCUGAAGAAAGGAUCAGUCAACCUGAAAAACGUAACCAAGCAGAAAUUCUGGAAAUCACUGAUAUAGUUUUCUCGCCAAAUGAAAAGCAAUCGAAUCCAUUUGUCGACAAGCGAAGCGGCUUGGCAAAUAAUACUAUACAUUCACUAGAAGACAUUGAUGAUGAGCAACUCGAAAACCUUGUAACCAAUGGAGGAAUUCUAUACAUGAAUAGUUUAGGUGAUGGUGUUAGCGGUUCUGUCCGAAAAUGCAAGGUUCGUGGAACAGAUCUAAUUUUCGCAUUGAAGACCGUCUUUAGCGCACCUAAUACGACUGUACAACGCCAACUACUUCGUGAAUUAAAGAUUAAUCGAAGUUGUGCCUCUCCUCAUAUUGUGAAAUACUAUGGUGCAUGCUACGACAUUGCAGAGUGCCAGCUAAAUAUUGCUAUGGAAUAUUGUGGCGCUGGUUCCUUAGAUGCUAUCUAUAAGCGUGUAAGCAGCAAAGGAGGUCGCACAGGUGAGCGACCUUUAGGCAAAAUCGCUCAUGGUGUACUAAGUGGCUUGAGCUAUUUGCACGAUCGAAAAAUCAUCCAUCGUGAUAUCAAACCUUCCAACAUUCUCUUGACUAUGAACGGACAGGUAAAGCUAUGUGAUUUCGGCGUAUCUGGUGAACUUGUAAACUCGUUAGCCGGAACCUUUACAGGCACUUCCUAUUAUAUGGCACCUGAACGUAUUUCUGGUUCUGCAUAUACUAUUUCUUCUGAUAUAUGGUCCCUUGGCUUGACACUGAUGGAAGUUGCGUUGAACCGGUUCCCAUUCCCUCCAGAAGGAAGUCCUCCUUUAAUGCCCAUUGAAUUAUUGUCAUACAUCAUCAAUAUGCCACCUCCUGCUCUUCCUGAGGAACCGGGGAUUACUUGGUCUAAGGCUUUUCGUCAUUUUCUUUGUGUUUGUCUUAUAAAAGAUAAAGAUGAACGUCCUGGACCUCAAAAAAUGCUUUAUCAUCCAUGGGUGAAAGCGUUUGAACGUAUAGAUGUGAAUAUGGAAGAAUUUCUGCGUCAGGUAUGGUUGGAUUGAUGACAUGAAUAAAUCGAAUUCCCUUACUUUAUAAUUCAUUAAUCUUCCUUGAAUAUAAUUUUUUCCAUUCCUUUUUUCGUAAAAAAAGGUUAUCGAUGUUUAGCUUUCUUAAUUGGUCUUCUUCCUUGCUUGGAACCCAUUCCUUUCGUUUUCGUUUUCAAUUAAGUUCCUUUCAUGAAUAUUUAGUCAAAGGUUUCUCAUCGCUUUUUUUUUUCGAAUAACGCUUGACUACACUACGAUUUUUAAUUUCUACUAUUUCCUUCAACUUUUUUGAACCAUGAACUUAAUAAUAAUCAAGUUUUGUUCACAAAUGCCUUUGUAUCAAUUUCGCUUCAUAGGUUUUGGUAGCUAAAAUAAAUUGUAUAAUAAAAGGACAUAUGAUUCAAUUUUUUAUAACUGCACCAAUCCUUUCGUUUCGGCUUUGAGUG